ACGAAUCGCAUCAUCAAACUGUUAUCCCAUUACGCUAUGGUUCAAGUGGCAGUGAGCCAACCAUCGCCACCCGAGAGGCCAGGCGCAAAUUGUGGUCCCUGCGCCCAUGGCGGCAGGACUCAGGAACGUUCUGCUCUCCUUCUGCCUGAUCGCGCUGGGCGGCCUCCUCUUCGGGUACAUGAUCGGUAUCAACAGCAACGUCGUGACAAAGGGGCAGCUCAUCUGCCCUGAUGACUGGACUGGGGACGUCGGGAACUGGACCUCGUGGGGCUACGGUCAGUGCUACCACUUCAGCGACUGGGGCCAGGGAAUUCUCAGCUCUAUGAACCUCAUAGGCGCGACGCUGUCCUCCCUGAUCUGCUUCCAGUAUGCGGACGACCUCGGGAGGAAACGCGAGGUGCAGAUCGGGGCGGCCCUCUACUUGGCCGGCUCGCUCGGCGCCGCGCUGUCCCCGGUCCUGUGGGGCAUCUACGCCGGCCUGCUGGUCUACGGCCUCGGCAUCGGCUUCGCGAUGCACGCCGCCCCAGUGUACAUCGCCGAGAUCUCGCCCGCGGAGGUGCGCGGCACCCUCGUGUCGGCCAAGGAGGCCGUCAUCGUCCUCGGCAUCUUCGGGGGCUUCGCGUCGGGCGCCGCGUUCGCCGCGAUCCCCCAGGACGGCUGGCGCCUCAUGGUGGGGCUCGCCGGCGCCUUCGCGCUGGUGAUGGAGUGCGGCAUCGUCCUCGUGCCCAACUCGCCCCGCUGGCUGCUGCUGCAGAGCGCGCGCAGCGCUGCGCUGUUGGGCAGCGACAGCCGCUUCGAGGAGGAAGCGCGCGUCGGACUGACGUUCUUCCGCAGGGGCACGCCGGCAGAGGAGGUGGAGAGCGAGCUGCAGAGCGUCCGCGACGACGCCUGCGCAUCGCUGGGGCAGGGGCAGGCCGGCUGCUGCGAGGCGUUCCGGUACCCGAAGCCCCUCCGGAUCGGCUGGGGGCUCGUGCUGCUGCAGCAGGUAACCGGCCAACCGUCGGUGCUGUAUUUCGCGACCAACAUCUUCAAGGGCGCAGGCUUCAAGUCAUCGGCGGCCCUGUCCUCGGUCGGCGUAGGCUUCGUUAAGCUCGUCGCCACUCUCUUCACUGUUUUCCGGGUCGACCAGUACGGACGGCGCGUGCUUUUGCUGUCUGGCAUCGCCAUGAUGGCGGUGUCGCUGCUGGUGCUCGGCACCGCGUUUUUGUUCAGGGAGUGCUCGGAGCCGGUCUCGCGCAUGGAGGAUUGCAAGCAGGAUGACGUGCGUCUCCCACAGGGCUGGGCAAUCUGCACGGUGGCGGCGUUGAUGCUGUAUGUCAGCGGAUACCAGGUGGGCUUUGGACCCAUCUCCUGGCUGAUGAUCUCAGAGAUCUUCCCCCUCAACAUCAGGGGCGCCGCGCUUUCCACGGCCGCCGUGGUGAACUUCUCGAGCAACAUCACGAUGACGCUAUGUCAGACCGCGCUCAUGAGCGCGCUGACGCCAGCGGGGCUGUUCUACGCAUACCUUGUGCUCACGGUGGUCAGUUUCGGAUUUGUGAAAGUCGCGGUGCCAGAGACCAAGGGCAAGACUCUCGAGGAGAUCGAGGUGUUGAUGACCGGCAAGCGGCGCAACGCGCCAUCUGGUAAUAUCCAAGUGGCGUGAAUUCUCUCCCCUGAGACGUCCAGCCACUGCACCGUCGUGCGGUGGCCGGCGGAUCCCCCAUUUCUUCACAUGCUGUGGAGCCUGCGACGCGACGGCGCUCCGUCGCUGCUGCGUGCGCUGCGCCGUGCUCGUGCGCCCUGACAGUUUCGGGGCAGAGCGUUGGUUUGGCCAGGCCUCUGUUUGUCCUUCUACGCCUCUUCCUCCUCUUUCUCCUCUUCCGAUCGUCCUCUUCCUUUCUCGCCUCCUCGUCCCGCCUCCUCCUUCUCCUCCUC